UUAACAAAAAUACAAAACCUCUUUGCAAUUUUCCAUAAGCACAUAAUAUAAACAUUAAUUUAGUUAUUUAUAACUAUGGACAAUUUUCAACUUAACAUAGACAUAUAUUUUGUGGUAGAUAUUUUCCAGAGUCGCUUAUUUGUUGUGGAUCAUCACAACGACAAUAACAACUUCAACCGUCUUAUUCAAGUGUUUAUUUAUAAGUUUAUUAAGAUGGCUGCUGAUGGCUGUCCAGUUCUUCAUGUUGAAAUUCUUCAAAAGAUGAAUAGUACAAUGGUGGAAAAGAUACUCAUAGAGGAAGUAGGCAGCUUUCUUCAGGAGAAGAAGAAUAUCAAUGUUGAUAGUAUCAUAAAAGACUUUCCAAUGUCUUUACUUAAUGAUCAUAUAGUACACAUACGAAUAUGUGAACUGGACUCUGCUUGUAAUAUGAAG